AUGUCGGAAUAUGCUGAUAGUGGAUCUGUGUCACGUCUCACCGGAGGAUCUCGAAGCUAUGAAGAAUAUGGACAACUCACCGAGAAAGUCAAGAGGCUCCCAUAUAGUGUUAUCCUUUUCGACCAAGUGGAUAAAGCAAAUGCCUCGGUAUUCAAGGUUUUUCACCAGCUGCUCGACGAUGCUAUGUUGACCGAUGGCAAAGGGCAAGUUGUAGAUUUCAAGAACACUAUCGUCAUUAUGACCUCAAAUAUAGGAGCAGAGCACCUACCGUCGAGAAUUAUGGGCGAAAAUACAAUCAAAUCUGGAAGAGAUCUCCUCAUGAAUCAGGUUAAGAAGCGCUUUAAGCCUGAACUUAUCAAUAGACUAAAUAAGGUUGUGAUAUUCGAGCCACUUUCACACGAUGAAUUGAGGAAGAUUGUGAAAAUCCAGAUAAAUAAUGUCAUUUUGACAGUAGCUUCCAAGGGUGUCGCUGUACAUGCAACUGAUGCGGCCCUAGACGUCAUCCUGUCAGAAUCACAUGACCCGGUGGACGGCGCAAGGCCCAUUAGAAGGUGGGUGCAGAAUCACGUGACCACGAUUCUCUCGGACAUGCUGGUCGACGGAGAAGCCUGUGCUGGCUCGACAAUCUCCAUCGAUGCUGCCGCUGACGAUAAGAGGGGGCUAACGUUCCAAGUGCUGAAGAAGCAGCAGGAGUUGGCAGAUCAAUGA